UUUUCCUCCCUCUGGUUUUCAUCUCUAUUUUCCCCUUAUAUUUUCUCUCCAGUCCUUGGAGAUGUUGAAGGUGUGAUUUGUAGGUCAUGCAACCUUUCAUUGCCCUUCCAUGGAUGUCUUUUAGACUUUGGAACCUGCAGAACAAAACCUGGUCAGUACUGUUUUAAAGAGUAUCACAUUAAAGGUGGAAUUAGCUGGUUUUCUAUUAAAGGCUGCACAGAGACCCAAGAUGAUUGCUUCAAGAGAAGGAUGGUCCAUGAUAUCGUCCAGACUUCUCACUGCUGCCAUCGUCCUUUGUGCAAUUUCUGA